AUGUUGCUUUCACCCCACAUACGGACGGUGUCGAUCGGCGUUGACUCGCCGCUCAUCCUGGGUGCCUUCGAAAUCGGCGUCAUGGUGUCCAUUUUCCUGUUCGGUACAGUCAUGUUUCAGGCAUACAUCUACUGGGGCGGCGCUAAGGACGACCGCCUGUGGUUGCGGAUCCUCGUUGUAAUGGUGAUUUUUUUGGAACUUGCACACACUAUCAGCUCGUGUUACGCGUUAUACAUCUUUACGGUCCAGUCCGCUGGGCUGCCUGAGCUCCUCAAGCCGGGUAACACCUACCCGCUGGCGCUCACACCCGUCUUCGAGCUGCUCAUCACGGCCCUCGUUCAGGGCUUCUUCACGUACCGCAUCCACCUGCUAUCGGGGCGCCGGCUUGUCCCGGGCAUCUGUGCCGUGCUCGCAGUCGUGCGGCUGGGCGGCGGCUGCGUGACAGCCGCGGAGAGCUUCGUGGAUGUGCCCCGGCAGCCGGACGGCGCGCGAUACCAGUUCGAAUUUGGGUGGCUGAUCACUGCGGCGAUCAACGUCGGCGUUGUGCUCGACGUGCUCAUCACGGUGGCGCUCUGCUACUACAUCAGGCGGUUGUACGGGGCCUACAGCCUUCCUGGCGGGCGCCGGAUCAUUGACAAACUUGUCGUCUGGACGAUCGAAACUGGGCUCAUCACCAGUUUGACGUCGGUGGCCGUCGGCAUCUCGGUAGGUCUCAGCCUUCCCGCCCGUUCUCCUAAUAUAGCUACAGGUAUCCAGUUCGCGACGAUGAAGGAGAACUUCGUGUGGCUCGCGCUGUACACAUUCCUCGCCAAAAUGUAUUCGAACAGCCUCCUUGCCUCUCUCAACUCGCGCUCGAUCAGCCGCAAGAUUGUCCGCGUCCCGCUACCAAUUCACGCCCCGCCCGCCCCGCCCCCCAAGGACUGGCUGCUGCCGGUGGUAUCAAUCGCACCAAUCCGCCCCACACCAGCCCAUGGUCGCGGGAUACAACGCCGAUCGCAACUGGACAUGCCACUUGGCCACUGGCCACUGGCCACUGGGACUCCUUCUGCAUAUGAUUCAACUUGA